AGAGUUGGAUGCUUAACCGACUGAGCCACCCAGGCACCCCUGGAACAUACGUUAUUAUAACUUUACUGGGGAGGCUGCAGGAAAGACAGAGGUAAAACCAGGAGCUUUUCCUCAAGGAGCUCUGGGUCUGAUGUGAGGGUGGGAGAAUGAGGAGAUGGACAAAAAUACAAAUGAAUAUAAUUCUAUGCAGUUUGUGGUAUGUGCCAUAAUCUCAGUAGAAAUCAAAUGUGGUAUGAGUGUGAGAGAGACAUAAAUUUUGAUUAGAGAUCUGCAUGCUGUAGUCUUAUUGGUCAUUAUUAAUCAUUAUGCUUUUUUUGAGAGAGGGAGGGCACAAGUAAGUGAAGGGCAGAGAGAGUGAGAGAGAGAGAGAGAGAGAGAGAGAGAGAGAGAGAGAGAGAAAUGGGGCUCAUCUAAAACGGGGCUUCAUCUCACCCGAUAUGGGACUCGAGCUCAUGAACUGUGAGAUCAUGACCUGAGCGGAAGUCAUAUGCUUAACCGACUGAGCCACCCAAGUGCCCCAAUUAUUCAUAAGUUCUAAGUUAAAUCAUGAGAGUGGAUGUUGAGAGAAAGAGGGAGAGAGGGAGAGAGAAAUGGUAGAGUGAGGAGAGAAAGGAGAAGAGAAAGAGGGAGAGGAGAAGAGAGAAAAAGCUGUAGGGGAAGGGUCACAUAUGGAGGAAGGAGGAAAAAAAGAGCCAGGGAAGAAGUCAGAAGGGACAUCCAGAGGACUUAGGAGAAUCAGAGUAAUGCAAAGUCACAGAAACAAAAGUGAGAGGGAGUGUCAGAAGACUGCAGGUGUAGCCUGCAGCAUUUCAUAAGGCACAAAUCAUUCCUUUUGGCCCAGGUGAUGUUGGGGGAGGUCUUUUCCUGAAGUAGCCACUGGGCGGCAGCUGUGUCUAGGGACUAGCAGAAACCUAGCUGAGCUAAACCAGCUUGAAGCAGGAAAAGCAGCAAGCUGGCUCAGGUUGGGGCUUCUCUAGUGUAGAGGACGCUGGAGUGACCCCCUGGGUGUAUGCCAAGCCUCAAAUCACACUUAUUCUCCUCUGAAGAGAUCAGCUUCAUUCCUAGGAGCAAAGUAAUAAUACAAAAUACUGUAUGAUGAGAAACAUUUCAUGCUUUAUGAAGUGUUUUCACACCUAUUGACCCAUUCGAUAUUCAGGAAACCGUAAUAAGUUGGUGGCAUUAUCCCUAUUUAACUGGUGAGAAAACUAAGUUACAAAGAGGUGUCCAGCAUCACACAACUACUACGUGGAGAAACAAGGAUUUGAAUUCAUGUCAGUCUGGCUCCAAACACCUGGGCCUUUUCCACAAUAUCACAGCAGUCAGCUGUCCAGGACUCAAGCUAUGACUGCUUGUUCCUCCAUGCCUCCCUUUUAUCUACCCCCACCCUGCCACAGGGCAAAGAUCUCCAAGUUUCCCCUAUCCAGAUUUCUGGGCCUCCAGGAGAUCUAGAUCCUAGAUUCUAGAGCCUCCCUUGCAGGCCUGCCUCCUCCUCUCACUCCCAGAAUCCAUCUCGGCAACAUUCUCAGGACCUGAAGAUCAGGUUCAAAGUCCACAUUGCUUCCAGUUCCCUUCAGAGUGGAUUCUGCUCCAGACUGCACCCCCUCCCCAAGAGCACUCACUACUCACCUCAUCUUCUGAGUCCACCAGCCCCGAAGCUUGCCCCUGUGCCUAAGAACCCCAUAAUCCUGGAACCUUAGCCCCAGGGGUCCCAGAUCCAGAGCUCCUGACAAGUUGGCAUUCUCAGGCACUUAACCUUCAGACAACUAGGCUUGGUUUCUAUACUUUCUCUGUUGUAUUCAGACCAGGGUCUCCUGGAGUGAUAGAGAUGAGAGGUGAUGUGUAGGAAGGGGUAGAGCCUGUGAGGGAGGCCUGUCGGCUAGCAUCCUUGGAGAGAAGUGAACUGCCUCCUCUCCACCUCCUCUUAUGUGUGCAAUAGGUGUCUUGAAAUUGACAGGCUGAAAAAUGAACCCCCAGUCUUUCCCCAAACCUGCUUCUCUCAUAGCUUUUCCCAUCUCUGUCUACAGUAACUCCAUUCCUCCAGUUGCUCAGGUCAGAAAUCUUGGAGUCAUUCUUGACUCCUCUCUUUCUCUCACACCCCACAUCAGUAAAUCUUGUCUCUACUUUCAAAAUCUAGUCAGAGGGUGCCUGGGUGUCUCAGUCAGUUCACCUGAUUUUGGUUCAAGUCAUGGUCUCGCGGUUUGUGAGUUUGAGCCCCGCAUAGGGCUCUGUGCUUACAGAGGAGCCUGUUUGGGAUUCUUUCUCUCCUUCUCUCUCUGCCCCUCUCCUGCUUGCAUGUGCACACAUGCUCUCUGUCUCUCAAAAUAAAUAAAUAAACUUAAAAAAAUUCUAUAUAAAUCAGACCCCAACACUUAUCUCUUCUAAACCUUCAAAUGGCUUCCCAUUCACUGAAAGUAAAAGCCCAGUAGCCUUCACAAUGGUUUGCAAGAACCUUCAUGAUCUGGUCCCUGCCACACUCUCCGACCUCAUCUCUACAUGUCCCCUUCCUCACAACCACCUGGUCUUUAUCCAAAGUAGCCCUAAUAUUUAAAGCAGCAACCUUCUCUAUUCCCCAUGUCUUUUCUUCUCUAUUCCCCUUCCUGCCUUUAUUUUUCUCUAUAGCAAUGAUUACAAUCUAUAUAUUUUACUUGUUAAUUUUAUUUUCUUUUCCCUCCCACUAGUAUGGGAGUUCCAUUACAGUCAGAGUCUUUCUCUGUUUUAUUCACUACUAGUGAACUGCCAGUACCUAGAUCUGGACCAAGCACACAGUAGGGUCUCGGUAAACAUUUGUUUAUCGCUUUGCUGGAUUAUGGGCACUGGCUUUAGAGAGGCAACUAAGCAUAGCAAUUAAGUACCAGGAUGCUAGAGCCUGGUUCAAAUCAUGACUCUCCCCCUAAGUAGCAGAAUACAUUCUCCUUGCCUUAGUCUCCUCAUCAGCACAAUAAUAGUACCUCUUUUAUAGAGAAGUUGUUGGGCCAUCAAUAAGUGUAAAGCACUUAGAAUAGUGUCUUGCACAUGGUAAGUGCUAUAGAAGCAGUGUUUAUAAUUGUAUGCACCUGGAGUUAAGAUUUAUAUCAGUAGUAUAGAUUUUCCCAAAUCUUUUCGUGUGUUAUCUUGCAUUUGCCCACGUUAACAUUCAUUCAUUUCCCAUGUUUCUCCUCACUUAACACAGAUUGAUAUGAUUUACCUGUAGUUGUAGUCAUCUCCUGUGGCCUGGCUCUUCAUCUAUAAACUUGGAUGUUUCCUUGUGUACUCCCUCUUAUAGUCAUUUAGAAACUGUUAAAUAGUAAUCUUGCUGGGCCCCAGUUUCCCAAUCUGUACAGUGAGUGGGUUGGACUAGAUAAUCUCGAUGGGCCUUUCUAGCUCUGACAAUCUCCCGGGACAGGACGAAGGACAGGCUCCACCCCCAAACCCGCCCUCUUGGAUAUGCCCUCUGGCUGCCAAGGGGAAAGGUGACAGAAUCAGCUGGGCUCAGCUUCAAGGGGACCAGGUAGGAGACAUGCCAAGUUUCUUGGGUGAGGGUGGCGAUGGGGUACCUGGGCUGGACCAGGCUGGGGGAAGGUGUCAGAAGUAACUGUUGUGUGGAGACACUGGGAGCAGGGUGAGGGGAAAGGUCAUGGCACCAUGGGGAGAAAUGUUGUAAUGGGCUAGGACACAACUUGGGUCUGGGCAUCUUCCCACAUUGGACAGUCCUGCUAGCCCUCCACCCCUUCAGCUAGCCAAGAUCUGGAGGACAGAGUCAGCUGCAGAAUGAGAACAACCCAAGCUCACUGCCUGCCCUACGAGGCCCAGCACUGCCUGCUGCCCACCACUCCAGGCUAGACCAAGGGGGCUUGGGCAGAGGCCAGGCUAGCCUGGGUGCACCCAGAUGUACUCCUUUUGCUACCCCUAAUGCUUCAAUCAUGGCCCUUCUCAUUCUCUGCUUUCCGGCCUCAGGGCAGAGCUGGGAGGCCAGGAAAUCCAGCCACCCUCACUUCUUCCCUUUCUACCUCUAGGGGGACCAUGGCCAGUGCAGAGUCCCCUCUGCUCACAACCCUAGUCCCCAGCCCGGAUCCUGGUGACAGUGAGGUAGAGCUGAACUGCUGGUUUGAUGAGGAGUUCAAGUUCGUCCUGCUGCCUGUGAGCUACACAGUUGUCUUUGUGUUGGGCCUAGGUCUCAAUGCUCCGGCCCUCUGGCUCUUCCUCUUUCACCUUCGACCAUGGGAUGCAACGGUCACCUACAUGUUCCACUUGGCCUUAUCAGACACUUUGUAUGUGCUGUCACUACCCACCCUCGUCUACUAUUAUGCAGCCCACAACCACUGGCCCUUUGGUACUGGGCUCUGCAAGUUCAUCCGCUUUCUCUUCUAUUGGAAUCUCUACUGCAGUGUCCUUUUCCUCACCUGCAUCAGUGUGCACCGCUACCUGGGCAUCUGCCACCCACUGAGGGCACUCCGCUGGGGCCAGCCUCGCUUCGCAGGCUUUCUCUGCCUGGCAGUUUGGUUGGUUGUAGCCGGCUGCCUUGUGCCCAACCUGUUGUUUGUCACAACCAGCCCCAAGGGGGACACCAUCCUGUGUCAUGACACCACUUGGCCUGAGGAGUUUGACCACUAUGUGCACUUCAGUUCAGCAAUCAUGGGGCUUCUCUUUGGUGUGCCCUGCCUGGUCACUCUUGUCUGCUAUGGGCUCAUGGCCAGGCGCCUGUACCGGCCCUUGCCAAGGACUGCCCAGUCAUCUUCUCAUCUGUGCUCUCUCCGCACCAUCACUUUGGUGCUGACCGUCUUUGCUGUCUGCUUUGUACCUUUCCACAUCACCCGCACUAUUUAUUACAUGUCAAGGCUGCUGGAAGCUGACUGCCGCGUGCUGAACAUUGUCAAUGUGGUCUACAAAGUGACUCGGCCUCUGGCCAGUGCCAACAGCUGCCUGGAUCCUGUGCUCUACCUGCUCACUGGGGACAAGUAUCGCCGUCAACUCCAGCACCUCUGCAGUAGUGGUGGGCCCCAGCCCCGCAUGCCUGCCUCCUCCCUGGCGCUGGUGUCCCUGCCUGAGGAUAACAGCUGCAGGUGGACAUCCACCCACUGGGACAGUGGCUUCCCUACCUCUGGGGCAAAUAGACUGUAACACUGGGAGCCAGAAAGUAGGAGGAAAAAGGAUGAGUGCAGGGCAGAGGUGAGGGAACUCAAUAGUUACACCCAAUAUGGCUGCUUCUUCCUCUUUUCCAGGUUCUGGAGAGGCCAACACCCUGAGGAUUGAGAGGAACCGGGGAAAUCAUGUGUGACUCCAUCUCUCAUAAACCCUUUAGCCGCUCUCUCCUUUUUAGCCAAAGACAAUAACAGCCACUCUUCUUUCUCUUUGUUUCUGUCUCCUUCCUGUAUCCAUUGGUCCUGUCUCUUGAUCAUACAAGGCUUCCUAAAAAUCUCACCCAGUCCUCUUGCCUCCUCCCUUUUCCCACAUAUAUUUGUAUAGCAUGUGUUCCUUCAACCAGACCAGAGCAUUAGACUGAAGAGGUGGAGAAGUGGGAUAACCUCAGGAUUGGUCUGAUUUAUCUGAUGGUGAUAGCCAGAAUCAGGAGGUGGGGGCGCCAGCAUAUCACAGAUGCCAAGGAUGUGGCAUAUGUAGUGCCCACACCCACUUCCUGGUUUCCUCUGAAAGACAGCAUAGUCUUGCCUACUGAAGUGCUGAGAUAGGGCUCAAUCUCAGGUAACCUGCAUGUCGGGGUCCCCACAUGCAGCUGGAGGCAUGGCACUGUUGAACUGGUAUAUAGCCACGAGGCAGAGAGGGAGCCCUGAGUUUUACCAUGGGGUGGGUAUCUUGCCUCAAGGGGCAGGGCCCAAGUCGAUGACAGCCUUUGGAACAGGACCUCCUUUAUGAUGUUUGCUGAGAGCAUAUUUGACUGUUAUCCUGUACUUAAUGAAAAGUACAGAGGAUGGCUUAGAAAGAGAUGGGGAAGCUCUCAUAUUUGUGACUGUAACUUCCAGCAUGAAGAGGUAGAGCAGGUUUGUGCAGAGUUUGGGGUGGUGGCAGGAUUGACGCCCAGAGCUGGCUCUUCACUGGUUUCUCCCCUUUCUCUAGCUCCUGCCCUAGGUGAAUAAUAAAUCUGUCACCAACUCUUUCAUAUCAGGCUUUAAGGCUUCACUGCCAGGGCAGAGCAUGGGGACUAGGACAGCUCCCUUCAGAGCCUCCCAUCCAGUUAUUCCCCCCUAGCACCAUCUUGGUGCUUAUGGGCUUACAGGAGUCGGGGGGUGGGUACAGAACUUGGGCAGCUAACCCCCAAACCUCAGGAAGUAAGAGUGUCUAGGCAGCCAUUCAUAAGAAAGGAGGGCUCACACUUCUAGGCACCCCCACUCUGAAAUUGCCUUCUAGCCCACUGGUCCUCUGAGUCUCCAGCCUGACUUUUCUUUUGCCCCACUAUUGCUGACCUGUAUCGGAUCUCUUACUUGUCUAAGGGGUCUCUAUGGAGAGUAAGGCUGAGGCUAGUCUUCAGAAAAAAAAAUGACUUCAAUGCCCCUGAGUCUCCCUUUGCAUCCUUCCACGUGCUCCCUCUUUCUGCCUGCUACCCAUGACUCUUUCCAUUAGGAGUAAAUGGACUGGCCUUUUCUUUACUAGUUUUGCUGUCUCAUGGCCGCUUCCUAGACUGUUACAUAUCUCGUUUUUCAUCUGUACUCUUUCUUUUAUUCCUAUGACCAUACCCUCCUUGCCCAUCACCUCUCCUAUCCACUGACUCCACCAAGUAAAGCUGCUUUCUCUAUCACAACUACCCAGUCUCCUCCAUUUCUCCAGUACAUUUAAUUCCCAUAUGUUUUAUCAAGACUAACUGCCCAGACUUUGUGGUCUGCUACUUUCAGGCUGUCUUCCCUUAUACUCUAGUUAAACACAUUUUCACCUUGGGUCACUUUUCUCCUCUCUCCUAUACUGGAGUAGAUUGCAGAUGAAGCCAGUGGCUGUUUUGACCCACUGAAACUUUAUGUCUUGGAACUUCAUCUAAACCCCCAUUUUUGUUAGCCUGCUGAAUUCCUAGUGAAAAUCCCAGAGCAAGUGUUUCUUGUAUUUUCCACCUUCUCAAGGCUCCAAUUUCGUCCUACCCUAUGACCUUCUAAGAGUUACCUUGCUUCUAAUGAAACUGAGAAGAUCUAAUACCUUAACUUCUUUCUGCUUCAUUCAUGAUAACUCUACUUUUAUAUCCAUCUUGCCUUUCUUCCUUUCUUCCCUGUAGACCCCACAUAAGAGGUGGCUCUCUUACUUUUUCUUUUGUUUAUCUCUUUUCAUCACUUUUAGUCUUUCCAUAACUGAUUUCAUCCCAUAUUAAAAAAAUUUUUUUUCAACGUUUAUUUUAUUUUUGGGACAGAGAGAGACAGAGCAUG